AUGCCGCCUCCCCUGCCUACCCCUCCAUUUCCAGCAAAGCCUCACACUGCAGAACAGCUACAGCUUGACAGCACAAGCCGCUUUGGUCAGAGACCUUGUCGAUGGCAAAGUGAUAUUGCAUUCCAACUGGUUCAUCGGAGAAAUUUGGUGUCCAUUUCUGCUACAGGUUCUGGGAAGAGCUUUAUCUUCUGGCUUCCCAUGCUAUAUGAGAAUGGACUCACAAUAAUUGUUGUUCCAUUGAAGAACCUAGGACAGCAGCUUGCUGAUGAAUCUUCUUGGAGGGGAUUCUGCGCUGUGUCAGAGAUCAAGUGCCUGCAGUUCCGAACAGUUGUCCUAUCUCCUGAGCUAGCAGUCGACCCACACUUCAUGCGCAUCUGGAAUGAACCAAAAAUCAAGAAAAAGAUAAAUCGCGUAAUUAUUGAUGAAGCCCACUGUGUCAGUCAGUGGGGAAGAGACUUCCGAUCAUCAUAUUUACAUCUCUCCUGCCUGCAUGCCGUCCUGGGAGAAGUAUCCUGGUAUUUGACAUCAGCAACACUUCACUCACAUGUGCUCCAAGACACCCUCCGUAUAAUCGGGCUACACCGGAAUACUAUGAUCUACUGUCGUUCCAAUGAUAGGCCAAACAUCCAUCUCUGUGUGUGGAAGAUGAAGUAUUCUAUCACUUCUCACCUUGAUCUUGCAUUCCUUGUGCCGCUGAAUCCUGAGAUUGACAACUCAGACUGGGUCAGACAAAAUAUUCCGCAAUUCCUCAUCUACUGUAACUCACGAGUGGAUGCUGAAAUGCAUGCUCAUCAUCGGAUUGUCUGGUAUCAUUCAGGGAUGUCAGAUGCAUUUAAAAAGGAGACGAUUGAGGAAUAUGAGAGGGGGGAAUAUUAG